GCAUCCGCACUGCCGACUAUUAGUCCUGACUGAUUAGCCUGGUAGUACCACGCCUAGUAUUUCAAGGGAAGUACCUAAACCCUAGACUGCGCUGCAGCAUACGCAUUUCGCGCUCCAGGCGCGGUACUCGACAAGCGACUAGUCUUCUUGCUUAGAAACGAACAUAUAUCAAGUAUGCUGGCGAGCAGCAGCGGCACGCCAAGCUGGGGAUCCCGGCGGGUUGUGGCGCCGUUCGGUGCGCCCGGCCGCUCCCCGUGCCAGCUGCGAGCCGCUAACAAGCCAAUUCACGUCCUCGGGCAUGAUCCAGGGAGCUCGCUGGGUGCUCGCCGUGUCGCGGUCCAGCGCAUACUGUGCUGGGCAACCGCCGCUGACGCAGAUGGCGAGCCGAUUUGGGCGCGACAGCUUAUCACGAGCGUCACGCAAUCCUUAAAGGAGGCCAAAGCAGCCGCGGAAGCCGCGGCGAACGAGGCCAAAACGACCCGGGGCAUGCUGCGCGGGGUGGUGGAGGCCGCAGCGCACAACGUCUACUCGCGGCUGGGCGUCAAGGGCGCCAGCACUGUCCUGCAGGGCAUGGACGAUGUGCUGCAGUUCGUGCUGCCCUGCAACAUUAUGCUCACGGCUCGGCAAGACUAUGAGUUCUUUCGCGCCGUGCGGGCGGCCACCACGGCCACCAUGCUGAACAAGGACACCGGCUUCCUCAACGCGGUCAUCGUGCUGCUCAAGGCCGAGGGCAUGGAGCAGGAGGCUGGAGAAGUCGAGGCGGUCCUCUACGGCGGCACUGGCAUCGAGGCGGCGUCCAACGGCCUGCGCACUGUGCGGGGGUGCCUACAGGCAGCCGAGUCGCGCGCCAAGGCCAGCGGGCUUGGCGACGACAUCCGGGCCAUGUUCAAGUACGCCGGUGCAAAGAGCACACAGGAGCGGGCGGCGCUGCUGGAGACGACGCUGUUCGUGCGCUGCGCGGCCGCAACGCUGCGCGGCUCCUGCACGGGCGUGCUGGAGGUGGACGUGGGUGGUGGCGUGGGCUUUGAGGUGGACCAGGGUGUGGGCGCACUGCGACUGUGCGCGGGCGAGACAAAGAACAGCCCUGAAGAGAUGGAUGAUGCCGACGAGCAGCUGCAGACGUUGUUCCUGGUGGUGGCCUUCACGCUGGACAAGGUGUUGGCGGCUGCGGUGGCGGCGCCGGCUGCGUCCAAGGCUCGGGCGGCGCUCGCGCAGCUGCCGCGCCGCUUCAUCAUGGACGGCUACUGCGUGUACGCGGGCAGGGCGUCGGAGCAGCAGCUGCAGCGGCGGAAGGCGGCAGCGGACCGCCGCACCGUGGUGGACGGAUUUGUGGUUGGCGGCGGCGGCCUGAAAAGCGCAGUGCUGCAGAUGCACUUCGAGCGUGCGCACUACGAGAAGCUGUGAGCGAGGUUUCGUGUAGGCAAAGUCGUAAUGUUGUAGAGUAGGAUGUACAGCCGCACGUAACUGUGGCCUGAAUGCGGCCAUGUACUACUCUAGCCGCAGUAGGCGGGCGGAGGCGCAAUAUUGAAGGCUGUGCGUAUUGAAGGAGAGGGCCUUUGAACUGAGGGCUAGGCGACCCCAGUGGGCUACUGCGCCGGCUUUUUUGUGUGUGAAUCCGAGUGUGAAUCUUUCUCAUGUACUCAUGUACUUGCACGUAUUUUAGAUGCACCUAGUCACGUCCAGUGCUGCACUUGCAUCGGAUUCUGUACCGGGUCCAUCGUGCAGCUUUGCGGCCUGCAGCUGCGUGACAGCUGCAAAAUGCAUUUACAGCGGUUUCCACAGGCACAUAGCCAAACCAGGUGCCUAUCUUGCAUUGAAAACUGUCACUCGACAAAUGCAAGAAUGAGUUAUCGUAGUCACAGAGUCGGAGUGCGCAAGGUAGGGGCUGCACGAUUGCGCAUUGCAGGUCACAGCGGCCAUCAUAGAUACCAUCCAGUGGAUGGCAGUUGACCCUGUGGCGUAGUUGUGUAUGGUUGAAUCCGAACACGUGUUCGCUUUGUUUGCCGUGUAUUUGAGAGCACGAGACGUCAGCGACAGGCGUUUGAAAUGCGUAGAUGCGAAUGCGAAUGCGCGUGCAGGCGGCACUUUACAUAGCGGCGCGCUCUAGGGCACGCAACGCCGUGUUUGCCAUGUGCCUUUGUGGUAGAUGUUUUCCCUGCAACCAUUGACUUCGACUGUCCUGCAUCGUACGUGUUACGCGCGAGAAUAAUGAAAAGGCAGUGCGGCAGCGCUGCCAGAUACUGCCACCACCCGAGUGCAGAUAAGCAAAACAGGAAUUCAAGGCUGAUGAGCAUUAUGUGUGAGCGCUGUGGGCGCAUGUUUAGGUAAGGAAUGAACGCAGCAGCGAGAGCACCCUUUGUGAAGCUGCGAAGUCAUCGGUGACAAGGAUGGGCUGGGGGUGUUGUGCUUGAGUGCUGUGCCGCUUUAGGGUGCUUGAGUGAGGCAUGAAGUAGGACCAGCCAUAGGAGGAUGCGGCCUUGGAAUGGAACAAAAUGUUGACGUCACCGGCGGCGUUACACUAGAACGCGUGCGCUUCAGAUUAUUGACCUUCAACUACUGCGGCAGUUUGGACACUCUACUACUACAUACACAAGUAUGGAAGAAAAGUUCCGUGCAUCCAUGCAGCCCGCAGAUUCCCGUGAGCAAGGACUGGAAAGUGGAAACAUUGGCGAAGGGUGAGGAUACGGGCCCUGGACAGGAUUGGCUCACCUCCGGCAUUGGAUCAAACCACCAAAAUGACAUUCUGAAACACGC